UCAGAAACAACAAAUCUACGUCACUUCCUGGCCCGACACAGGUGAUUAGAAAACGUUUGGAAACUGAAAUCGGAAAGUCGUGACGACUUUGAUGACAUGGCUUGAAAAGAGUCGCAGACAGUCGCGUUGAGAGAAUAAAAAUAAAAAUAGAGAGGGAGAAGCCAUGGCCUGUGCCCGAGUGCCACUGGAUGAGCAGCAGGUGACUGAGCCUGGUCCAAUGGGAAAAGAGCACACACUGCCUGCACUGCACCCGGUCAGGAAGGAGGAGCGCUGUUUUGUGCCUUACAAGUCCCCGCCAGAAGACGGCUCUCCCGCUGAGGUGGAGGAGUUUUUGGAACAUGCCAAAUUCAUCACAGAGGACCUGGAGUGGCUGCUCGCACUGCCCCAUGACAAGUUCUGGUGUCAGGUGGUAUUUGAUGAGUCUCUGCAGAGGUGCUUAGAUUCAUACCUGCACCAUGCUCCUCGUGGACUAGACCUCAGCACCCUGCCCUCCUCCCCGGCGGUGGCCGACAUGCAGCGCUCUGUCCACAGGUUGGUCUUUUUGACCUUCCUCAGGAUGGCCACACAUAAAGAGUCCAAGGAGAACUUUAUCACGCCGGCUGUAUUUGGAGAAAUUAUCUAUGAGAACUUCCUCUUUGACAUUCCCAAAAUUUUGGAUCUGUGUGUCCUUUUUGGAAAGGGCAACAGCCAGCUGCUGCAUAAGAUGAUAGAGAACAUCUUUACACAGCAGCCGUCUUACUACAGUGACCUGGAUGAGACGGUGCCCACUGUGUUACAGGUGUUUGACACCAUCCUAGAUAAGUGUGGUCUACACUGUGAAGGGGCCACAGCCAUGGAGCCGAUGAAGCUGAGCGCACACAAACAGCCCACUGCCAUGACCAUGAGCCAGCAGGAACUUGCAGAUCUUAUUUUGUACCUCUGUGACUCGACCACCACCAUCCAUGCCUUCCUGGACAUCUUCCCUGCUGCUUGCUCCAGUUUCCACUCCCACGGACUCCUCAGCAGACUGACCUCGUUUUAUGAGACCGCUGUGCCUGACCUCGAGAAGGCAGUGAGGAAGAGAAACUUUGAUGAUAAAGGUCUUCAGGAGGACUUGUGGAGAAGGUUAUCACACUCUUGUCGCAAGAUGGUGGAAACCGCUCACCUGCUGCUGCAGCACACCUGUUUACAGCCAAUCCUGGAGGGGGGAGAAAUCAUGCUAACAUUUGCAGAGGAGCUAUUACAACAUUUCACAUCUUUUUUAACUGAGAAAAGGUUCUUGACAGAUUAUGAUGAGCAGUUCCCCAUCGCAGAUGAUGUCAGCCUCCUACAGCAGGCCCUCCCUGUCAUUGAUGAGACCCGGACGUCGUACCUGCUUCAGGGGGUGGAAAGUGCCUGGGACAAUGUAGGGCGACGGAAACCACAGAGCCAGAUACAACACAAAGUCCCCUCAGCCUAUCAGGGAGCAGCGGGCGGUGCUGUUGCUUCUUCAGCUGGCUUUAAAGAUCCGGAGGACAGAGAAACAGGAGGAGGAGGAGAGAGUCUGAGGGGAGCAGAGGCCAUGUUGGAGGUUCCUCAAAAAGGAAACAAUGGUGCAGUGUGUCCAGUGAGCGGGGCAGAGCUAGAGUCUCUGCUGUCGUUAAUCAGGGACCUGCUCCCUGAUUUGGGCGAAGGCUUCCUGCUGGCCUGCCUGCAAGAGUACAACUACAACUCUGAGCUGGUCAUCAACAACAUCCUGGAGGACCGCUUGGCCCCCAACCUGGACAAACUGGACCGAGCCAUGCCAAGGCCGGUGAAAGAGGAGCUUUCAGAUGUUCUGAACGUUAGAUCCAACGUGUUUGAUGAUGACGAGUUUGACGUCUUCCGCAGGGACCAGGUGGACAUGUCCCGCAUCUGGAAGGGAAGGAGGAAAGGUGCGAACACUCGAGAGAUGCUGAACGACAAGCAGCACAUAGAGGAGCAGAGAGCUCGUUAUCAGGCCUAUGAGACGGUGGUGGAUGAGGUUAUCAUUGAACCUGGUGAAAGUGCGGCCACCUACGACCUGGACGACUACGAUGACGAGUACGAUGACACCUACGACAUGAACCAAGUUGGAGCUAAUGACCUGGAUGGAGACAGUCUGCUAAACAGAAGGCCUUUCACAGUCCCACUGGUACUGAGACAAGGAAACAAACCAGAAGAUGAUGAGGAUGGUGUAGAUGAAGAGGAAGAGGAGACUUUAUCGAACAAUGUAAACAGGGACCAGUUUGUGCAGGACCCGGCUCUGCUGAGGGAGAGGGCUGAAGCUAGAAGAGCUGCUAUGCAGCAAAAGAGAGGUUUCCGACCAGAGCGCCGCAGUAACGUGGUGGGCCAAGCCAAAGGUCAGGGACAAACCCAGGAAACGACCCAGGACCGACGCAGAAAGGAGGCGAACAAGAGUCGUGUGUCAAACCACAACCGCCGCACAAUGGCCGAUCGCAAGAGGAACAAAGGCAUGAUCCCCUCCUGACCCGUGUGAUAACAACCUGCUGCUCGAACCAAACAGACUCAUGGUAGGAGGGAGGGACGUGUGAGUCAGCGAAAGUAAAGAAACUGGGGCUUCGUUGUUGUGUUGCGUUUACAGGUUGUGACUUUGGUGCCUGCAGUUUGUCCCCACGAUCACACCUUAGACCUCAAGUCGCUGUCUUUGCUCGAAAGGAAACCAACAGAUGGUUUCAGUUGUUAACUGAUGAAAGGUUGAAAUGGUGCAUUAGUUUAUCAACUUCCGUAAUCACAACUUUUAUAAUCAGAAGCCAGCUUGCUGAAGUGUGAGACUCUGAACAUCUACUUUUAGCGUUUGAGCCUAAAGGACGUUCACCUUCUUUGGCUCAAAUGAUUUUCUUUUAUAGUUAACUAAAACCCAAAGUCCUGAGCGUGAGCCAGAGACUGAGGACAAAGAAUAAGACCUUUUUAUUUUUGCCAAGUAACAAAUCAGUUUAUUGAGAUCCAGAGUGAUGGAUCUUUGACAUCAUCAUCAUUAAAUAGACAACAAAGGAAUAAAAGAAAGCAACAACCAGAGUUUUGGAGAGACUGAGAUCCUUCUUUAGCUGGAAGAACAAUUACUAACCUGGUGAACAAGUCUGGACAUCAGCGGCAGAGUGCGUUGCUCUUACUACUCGUCCUGUACGAGUAGCUUGUGUGACUACUGCUUGCGUGUAACAUUCAAGUGCAUGCAUGUGACGUCAUCCACCUAAUUCACACCACUGUUGUCCAGCCUUCGUGAAAACGUAACAAACAAGUCUCGAAAAAAGGAAUCUAUGACCACCUCAUAAAGAUGCUGUUGUUUGUGUUUGGAAGCACGUGCUGCACAGAGGCCUCGUGUCUCUCAGACUAGCUGUGGGCAAACUUCCUACAUGUUGCCAUGCACACACUAUUUUCUAUAAAGAGAACAGAUCUAUCAGAGCGUUUUGUAACAAAAAAAGCACAUGUAAUGGCUUUUUGGAGUUGACAUUGCAAAAAUUAAAACAUGAAAUAAAUACAAUAAUACUAUGUUUUUGA